CGUGCCGCCAUGGCCGCCAGCCCCGCGCCCCCCGGUGGGCGCCCCCGCGCGCAGAGGCUGCAUCUGAGCAAGAUGGAGCGAGUGGUCGUGAGUAUGCAGGACCCCGACCAGGGCGUGAAGAUGCGGAACCAGCGCCUGUUCAUCACCGUCAUCCCCCACGCGGUGGCCGGCAGCGACGUCGUGGAGUGGUUGAUCCAGAAGUACUGCAUCUCAGAGGAGGAGGCCCUGCACCUGGGCACCCUCCUGGUGCAGCACGGCUACCUAUACCCGCUGGGCGACCCCCGCAGCCUUGUGCUCUGGCCCGACGACACACCCUACAGGUUCCAGACACCCUAUUUCUGGACGAGCACCCAGUGGCCAGCUGCCGAGCUGGACUAUGCCAUCUACCUGGCCAAGAAGAACAUCCGAAAGCAGGGGGCCCUGGUCGACCACGAGAAGGAGCACUAUGACCAGCUGCACAGGAGGAUCAGCCACACAUGGGACCUGGUAGUGAUGCAGGCGAGGGAACAGCUGCGAGCAGCUAAGCGGCGCAGGAAGGGGGACAGGCUGGUCAUCGCCUGCCAGGAGCAGACGUACUGGCUGGUGAACAGGCCCCCGCCUGGGGUCCCCAGCGUGCUGGAGCAGGGUCCAGAGCGGGCCUCCUGCACUGCCAGGCGAGUGCAGAUGACCAAGAACACAGAUUUCUACAGGUGGGAGAUCGAGUACUGCAGAAAGGCGCUGGGCCGGACCCGGGUGAAGUCCUCCGUCUGCCUCGAGGCGUACCUGAAGUUCAGCAGCCAGCACCAGCCACAUGACCCUAUCGUGUCGGGGUGCCUGCCCAGCAACCCCUGGACCACAGACAGCGACACCUACUGGGUUGUGAACGCACCCAGUGUGGCUGCACCCACAAAGCUCCGCGUGGACCGAUGGGCCUUCAGCUUCCGGGAGCUCUUGGAAGACCCUAUGGGCCGGGCCCAUUUCCUGGACUUCCUCAGGAAGGAGUUCAGUGCCGAGAACCUCAGCUUCUGGGAGGCGUGCGAGGAGCUGCGCCAUGGUGGGCAGGCCCAGGUCCCCGCCCUGGCAGACGCCGUGUACCAGCAGUUCCUGGCCCCUGGUGCCACCCGCUGGGUCAACAUCGACAGCUGGACGAUGGAGCAGACCCUGGAGGGGCUGCGCCGGCCCCACCGCUACGUGCUGGACGACGCCCAGCUGCACAUCUACAUGCUGAUGAAGAAGGACUCCUACCCACGGUUCCUGAAGUCUGACAUGUACAAGGGCCUGCUGGCGGAGGCCGUGAUCCCGCCGGAGACCAAGAGACGGGUGUUCCCGUUCAUGCGGAAGCCUAGGCGUUCCAGCCCCAGCCCUGCUCUCCUUCUCGCCUCCGGGGAGCCCGCGGCUGCUGCUUGCGGCCCUGCGGGUGGUGAUGGGGAGGCCUAG